UCUGCUGGCCCGCCCCUUCUCUGGCCCCAGCCUCCUGCUCCUUCCCACCCUCAGCGUACACUUCAGACUAGGGGAACCUCAGCCAGACGCCUAGAGCCCCCAGUAUAGCAGGCAAGAAACCCUUCUCAUGCUGGCUUGAGAAUACUUACCCCCACACAGGUAGAAUCCUGUCUCUCCUCAAAAGACAAUGACCCAGAAGACAACCCUGGUGCUCCUUGCUCUGGCUGUCAUCACCAUAUUUGCCUUAGUUUGUGUCCUGUUAGCUGGCAGGAGUGGAGAUGGGGGUGAGUCUGGCCAGUCUCCCUAUUGUCCCUCCGUAUCUCCCAGUGCCCAGCCCUGGACGCAUCCUGGCCAGAGCCAGCUGUUUGCAGACCUGAGCCCAGAGGAGCUGACGGCUGUGAUGAACUUUCUGACCCAGCAGCUGGGGCCAGGGCUGGUGGAUGCAGCCCAGGCUCAGCCCUCGGACAACUGUGUCUUCUCAGUGGAGCUGCAGCUGCCCACCAAGGUGGCAGCAUUGGCCCAUCUGGACAGAGGAGGUCCGCCACCUGCUCGGGAGGCGCUGGCCAUUGUCUUCUUUGGUGGACAAUCCCAGCCCAAUGUGAGUGAGCUGGUGGUGGGGCCUCUGCCUCACCCCUCCUACAUACGGGAUGUGACUGUGGAGCGCCAUGGCGGCCCAGUGCCAUAUUAUCGGCGCCCUGUGCUGGCCAGAGAAUACCUGGACAUAGACCAGAUGAUCUUUGAUAGAGAACUACCCCAGGCUGCUGGGCUCCUCCACCACUGUUGCUUCUACAAACACCAGGGACGAAACCUGGUGACAAUGACCACAGCCCCACGUGGUCUGAAGUCGGGGGAUCGAGCCACCUGGUUUGGCCUCUACUACAACCUUUCAGGGACUGGGUUUUACCUGCACCCUGUGGGGUUGGAGCUGCUGGUAGACCACAAGGCCCUGGAUCCUGCUUACUGGACCAUCCAGAAGGUAUUCUAUCAAGGGCGCUAUUAUGAGAGUCUGGCCCAGUUGGAGGACCAGUUUGAGGCUGGCUUGGUGAAUGUGGUGCUGAUCCCAAACAAUGGCACAGGUGGGUCCUGGUCCCUGAAGUCCCCGGUGCCCCCAGGGCCGGCUCCCCCUCUGCAGUUCCAUCCUCAGGGCCCCCGCUUCAGCAUCCAAGGGAGUCAAGUGGCCUCCUCAUUGUGGACUUUCUCCUUUGGCCUUGGAGCUUUCAGUGGCCUGAGGAUCUUUGACAUUCGAUUCCAAGGAGAGAGGGUGGCCUAUGAAGUCAGUGUCCAGGAGGCCUUGGCCGUGUAUGGUGGAAAUUCCCCAGCAGCAUUACUGACCCGCUAUAUAGAUGGAAACUUUGGCAUGGGCAAGUACUCUUCACCCCUGACCCGUGGGGUGGACUGUCCCUACCUGGCCACCUUUGUGGACUGGCACUUUCUUUUGGAGUCCCAGGUGCCCAAGACACUACGUGAUGCCUUUUGUGUGUUUGAACAGAACCAGGGUCUCCCUCUGCGGCGACACCACUCAGAUUUCUACUCCUACUAUUUUGGGGGUCUUGUGGAGACUGUGCUGGUCAUCAGAUCUGUGUCCACCUUGCUGAACUAUGACUAUGUGUGGGAUAUGGUCUUCUACCCCAAUGGGGCCAUAGAAGUCAAAGUUCAUGCCACAGGCUACAUCAGCUCAGCAUUCCUCUUUGGUGCUGCCCAAAGGUAUGGGAAUCGAGUUGGGGAACACACACUGGGCACAGUCCAUACUCAUAGUGCCCACUUCAAGGUGGAUCUGGAUGUGGCAGGACUAGAGAACUGGGUCUGGGCAGAAGACAUGGCCUUUGUCCCCAUGGCUGUGCCCUGGAGCCCUGAGUACCAGAUGCAGAGGCUACAGGUGACCCGGAAGCUGCUGGAAACAGAGGAGCAGGCUGCCUUCCCCCUAGGAGGUGCCAUCCCCCGCUACCUGUACCUGGCCAGCAACCACAGCAAUAAGUGGGGACACCCACGGGGUUACCGAAUCCAAAUGCUCAGCUUUGCUGGGGAGCCAGUGCCCCAAGACAGCUCCAUGGAGAGAGCCUUCAGCUGGGGGAGGUACCAGCUGGCUGUGACCAGGCGGAAAGAAGAGGAGCCCAGUAGCACCAGCAUCUUCCAUCAGAAUGAUCCUUGGGCCCCCACUGUGGAUUUUGCUGACUUUAUCAACAAUGAGACCAUUGCUGGAGAGGACUUGGUGGCCUGGGUGACAGCUGGUUUUCUGCACAUCCCACACUCAGAGGAUAUUCCCAACACAGUAACUGCUGGGAAUGGGGUGGGCUUCUUCCUCCGACCCUACAACUUCUUUGAUGAGGACCCCUCCUUCUAUUCUGCUGAUUCUGUCUACUUCCGGGAGGACCAGGAUGCUAGGGCCUGUGAGGUCAACCCCCUGGCUUGCCUGCCCCAGACUGCUACCUGUGCCCCCAACAUUCCUGCCUUCUCCCAUGGGGGCUUCUCUCACAACUAGGUGGUCCCUGGCAUGGGCAAUCUGGUCAGGUAUCUCAGGGCCAGGGGAGGAUGGGUGGGGUAGCAGCUGGGCACUGGGCUGGACAGCCUGGUUCCCACUUCUCCCUCCUCACACCUAUCAUGUCCAAGAUCAUCUCUCUUCUGCUGUCCUCCCUUGCCUCCCUCUCCCUGCCAGGAGCACCCUGAGCCUUUAAUGCCUGACAUAGGGACACAUGGCUUUGUUAAUCCCAGUGGGCCUGAGUUCCUGCCGGGCAGUGGGGGGGAAUGGCCCAGCGAGGAAUUUGGAGUGAUGGCCAUGCUUUUCUCCAGAUGAUUUAUUCUUGUUUUUUUGUUUUUUGUUCUCCGGCCAUCUCUGAAGACUAUGCAAUGGGGACAAUUCCCUAGAGACCUCAGAACAGGGUUCCCAUAAGUCCUGCAUGUCCACAGAUGAGCUGGAAGGACCCUCUGCCCACAUUCCUUCUCAUGCAAGUCCCUUCCUUCUCUCCUUCCCCCUUCUUACCUUCUCCCUUCUUGAGUUCCUAUCUGCUCUUACACUCAGGGAUUUCCCUCGAGGUCCUGAGAAGAUAGCUCUCCCUGGUGUCCCCCAACCCUCAUUUUUCAACUGCAGGCUCUUCUCCUGGUCCUGAGCCUGUGGAAGUCUCAAAGAUGCAAUGGGGACACCUCAUUGGAGAAGACAAUGUCUGUACCCUUGUGUCUGUCACAUAUCAAGAAUAGGAGUUGCUUUCAUCCCUGUCCUGAGGAAGGGUAUGUUUCUCUGCCUGUUCUAUCUGCCUGCCCUGCCUUGCACUCUCUUGAGAAAGAUGGUCAUAGAGACAGCAGCAGCUCAAUUUUGCAUUGCAGGUGAUUUGGGGACUACAAUAAUGGUGGUUUGGGAUCAUUUUAUCCCAGGGCUAUGCUGACUAAUGGCCUCUGUGCUUUGCAGCAGCCAGUUUGGGAAGCUGGGGUAGGAGACAAGGGUGAACAUCAAAGGUGAGAAACAGAAAGCCCUGGGAACUCCAUCCCACAGGCCAGAGCUGUCCAAUCAUAUGCAGGCAUGCAAAUGAGCCUGGUCCUCCUCCGGUGGAGAGAGUCUCCCCGCACACACCCUGGUGGGACCUGCUCCAGGGCCUCCUAUCACUGCUUGGCCCUCUUGGGGUCUGGACUGGGGAUGGAUACAAAGAAAUAGCAAGAGAUUUUAAACAAUAGCAAUGUACCUCCCUAGGGGAUUGGUCAAAUCAAUUCUGAUCAUCCUUAUAAUGCAAUACUAUGCAGCUAAAAAAUAAUGACAGGUCUUUAUAUACUAAUAGGAAAUAAUCUUCAAGCGAAAAAGGCAAAGUGCUGAAAUGUGUACAGUGUACUUCCCAUGAGUGUUCUAGAAAAAAGGAGAAAAUAAAUACACAUUUGCUUCUCUGUGCACAAUUAGAAGAAAAUGGGUUACCCUGGUUACCUCUGGGGAGGAGGUCAAGUGAGGGCGAGGGAGAGGACUUCGUAUGAUAUGCCCUUCUGUACAUUUUGAACCAUGCGACUGUAUUACCUAGUCAAAAUAAACCAUAA